AUGCCCUACGAAGGCCAUCUUAACCAUGUCAUCGUUCGCUGUUCCGGAGAGAAAACCGGAUGUCAGCGCUGCGCUAAUCUUGGACUGGACUGUAUCUUCUCGAUCUCUAGGAUUGGGAAGGUGCCUGGAAAACGAAGCAAAGCCAACCGCGCUGCAGCGGCUGCUGCUGCUGCUGCCGCCGCCACCGCCGUUACCGCUCCCCCAUCUUCCUCGACAGCCACUUCGCUCACGGUGCCCUCGCACUUAGAACCUUCGAAUGAGACGGUUCUUACAUUUCAGUCAUUUCCACACCCGCUCAGGGAUCAAGGUGGGUCGGCGAUGACCUCUUCGGUACGCCAUGCUCCUUCCAGCUUCGCUGCGGAUUCAAUGAUCGCCCCGAUAAUGGUGCAUGAAUAUUCGGGUAACAUACCGUUUUACGCUGGGGACAGCUGUGCUCCGGAGACCCUUUCGCUACCUGACACGGUACCGACUUCAUCGAAUCAUAUUUCCCACCAGCUGGGCCCCAAUCUUGAUCUGGGACUUUCAGAACCCGGCAACUUCUGCUGGACCUCGGAUUUGGAGCCUCUCAGCGCCAACAGCCUUCCCACCCCGGGGCUGGAAAUAUCGGCGAGUAGAGGCCCCCUAAGCCUCGAUCGUCGACUAAGCCACGACUGGGAGAUGGAGACAAACGUGGCCAACGGCAGCCGCGACAACAGUCGAUCUUGUACGACCUCAAUCCGGCAACCCGCAACUCCACCGGAGUACCUAGCCGAUGAAGGCAUAUACCCAGUCAGCGCCCUUGGAAACUUAGGACCAGAAACAAGCUUCGCGGUAUACCUACAACUCCUACACAGUAUUGAACAGACACUCGUCAUGGGCCGCCAGUGCACCAAGGAGAACCCUACACUCGAUGCCGUACUGGCCGCCAACCAGCAAUACCUGACCACCCUUCUGCAGCUGACCGAGAGCCUCAAUUUCGACCAAAUGUACGACGGUCAUCUGCUUUUCACCGUUGCGCUAAGCAAAAUCAUCACCUUGUUUAGCUUCGGAUACCGCGACUUCACCUUGCUAUCAGAAGCCCAUCAAUCUAUGGGCUGCGCAGAGCGUCUAAUCCGCUUCGGCGUAUUUGAGAUCGGCUUCGUUGAACAAAAGGAUAUAUGCCGCGGUAUCUUUCUCAGAGAACUGAAGCGCGCACGAUUGUGCCUAUCCCGACUUAUGGACGUGCUGUGUCGGGAGAAAUUCCCAUUUGCGAGCGGACGGCACGAACGAUUGUGCGAGGAAAUGAAACAGCAUUUGGAUCAGUUAACGACUGCAUUGGAAGCAAGCGAGACAUAA